AUGGCUGAAAACCCAACUUCUGAAAGCCCAAUUCAGUGGCAUUCUAACAAUAUCCCUUAUCUUGAUAGCUUUGCAGGUCGUGAUGAUGCAUUUGUCUUCACAAGAGAAGAUUAUGAUAGUCGCUUAAAAACCUGGAUUGAACCUAAGGAUCUCAACAAAGAUCGAUGCUACCUUGCAAAGGGAAUGUUGUUCGCAUCCAAAAAAGCUUUGCAACGGGCUGUCAAAAUUUAUUGUUUUAAGGACAUGAGAGAGUUUAAGGUUGAUCAGUCAACCUCAAAGAUAUGGAGGCUAGUUUGUAGACGACGGUUCGACAGUGAUGAUGAAUAUGAUGGUGGUGAAAUUGAUUGUGGUGAUAGUGGCGGAUAUGGUGGUGGUGAAAUUGGUGGUAGAAAAUUUGGUGGUGGCGGAUAUGGUUGUGGUGAAAUUGGUGGUGGAGGUGGUGGCGGAUAUGGUGGUUCUAGUGAAAUGGGGUGGGGAGAUGAAUAA